UGCAAAAUGAAUUCCAGCUUCUUCAAAUCGUAACGUUUUGGGGGAGAUUUUGCCGUGCACUGCAUUGCAGAUCGUUCUGAAAAUUUCUUUCAGAUCCCCGGAGGAAUCCAUCCGUUUGAGGACAGGGCUUACUCGAUUUCCACUGAAUCGGCGAAUUCUAGAGUUUGAUGAGGCUGUUGCAGCUAGCUUUUGUGGUUGCGUUGGCAUCUGGACUUGCAGCCAUUCUCAUUUACAUCACUGGUGUUUCUAAUUUUGGUAUUUAUGCGUCGUCGAUUCGUCUGUCUAAUGAAGAUCUUGAAGCCUUGAGAUCCCUCGGUGGUCAAUUCGAGAAGUGUGUGAGGGCUAAUGGAUUAGGGCUACAAGCUGUACUUGGCAGUGAUAUUUGUCAGGUUUCACUGGAAUUUCCCCAAGAGACAAUACCAAAAUGGAAGGAUCCCAAAACAGGUGAACUUGAAGGCUUGAGUUAUGGUUUUAAUCUUUGUGAAGCGGUGGCUACAUGGGAGCAGGUUCGAAAUAGUACCACUGUUCUGACUCGGGAAUUCAUUGAUGCUUUGCCAAAUGGAUGGGAAGAGUAUGCAUGGAAAAGAAUUAAUAAGGGAGUGCAUUUGAACAAAUGUGAGAAUAGAACUCUUUGCAUGGAAAAACUAUCUUUGGUGCUUCCGGAUAGACCUCCAUAUACACCCAGGCAAUUUGAUCGAUGUGCAGUUGUUGGUAACUCAGGAGAUCUUCUUAAAACCAAGUUUGGGAAGGAAAUUGAUAGUUAUGAUGGUAUUUUCAGAGAGAAUGGUGCACCUAUACAGAACUUUACAGAAUAUGUUGGUACAAAAAGUACAUUCCGCCUUCUCAACAGGGGCUCUGCCAAAGCUCUUGAUAAAGUUGCAGAGCUGUAUGAAAAGGGAAAGGAAGUCUUGAUCAUCAAAACAACAAUUCAUGAUAUCAUGAACAAGAUGAUCCGGGAAGUUCCCAUACUAAAUCCAGUAUAUCUCAUGCUGGGUGCAUCCUUUGGUUCAGCAGCUAAAGGUACUGGUCUGAAGGCUCUUGAAUUUGCACUUUCUAUCUGUGACACCGUUGACAUGUAUGGCUUUACUGUUGAUCCUGGUUAUAAAGAAUGGACUAGGUAUUUCUCCGAGUCUAGACAAGGUCAUACCCCUUUGCAGGGUAGGGCUUACUACCAAAUGAUGGAAUGCCUUGGACUUGUCAAAAUCCAUUCUCCUAUGCGACCAGAUCCAAAUCGCAUUGUGAAGUGGGUGCCAAGCCGCAGCCAAAUCACUGCUGCCCGUAUUGCAUCAGAGAAAUUGCUGAGGAGAGUUGGGGCUGGAUCUUCAGAUCCACUUGCUCAAUGUGCCAUUAUUGCAAAUCAGUACCAGGGGAAAUCAUCAACGCAAUCAGCCUCAAGAAAAGCUGCCGUUGAGCAUCAAAAAUAUGUUAGAGGCAGCACCAUGUAUUCUUUGGAACACCAUCCAGGACAUGGGCAACUCUGCACGGUACCGUGAUCUAUUUCUACUGUUUUCUGAUUCACUCAGCUGCAUUCUGGGUAGGGUUGGGGAGAUGAUUCGAUCUUGAUUGGCUUUAUAGAAAAGAUGACGACACUAGAUUAGAGAAUGUGUUUUGGUUGAAACUUGGGGUGAUGUGUUUUAGAUAAAGUUGGGUUUUGAUCUUUGUUGUUAGCUAGCUCAGAAAAAGGGUUUUGUUUGUUGUCUUAUAAUUCAUAUUAAUCACCCAAAAUAGAGGUGGGUGGGUGAUUCUUGAUUGAGAUGAGAUUUGUGAUUGUGACCCAAUAUUUUCUUGAUUAAGUGUAGAUGCUUUUGAUGCACAAGUAA